CAUGGUUGCAUUCAAAUCUUAUUUCUAAGUGGUAUGUUACAUAAAUUGAGUGUGAAAAUUCAAAAUUUCUCCAUUUUUUGUAGACCAAUGUCCAAAAAUUUAAAAAUAGAAUGCAAGCCUGAGCGAUCAUUGGCUCUUUGGCUUAUUACGUAACAAAAACUGAUCACUUAGUUUUUCUAGAGAAAGCUACAAUUAGCUUGAGACCAAAUUGGCGCAUAACAAAAAAAUAUAUUUCUCUUCAUCUUACGAGCAAAGCGACGAAGUAAAAAUAUGGAAUAGUUAGGUAUUCUGUCGAGCCCUUCUUAGGCAAUGAAGAUAGCAUGUAUAGCUCGCUCCAGAAGGUAGCUUGACAGCCUUCGGAUAUUUAAUCGAAUGGCACCAUGAGCAGCAGAGAUGUGGCUGAGCCAUCAGGGACUCCUGCCAGUAAUGCUCAGGCAGCACCUGAGUCUCCUGCAACUGAUGCUGCUCAGCCACAGCCAUCUGCAGCAGGAAGGACAGCUUCUGCAGGGGCAGCGUUAAGGCGCAGCAGCUCACCGGGCCUGGUGGCCACAGGCUCAGACCACUCCCACCACCCUCCAGCUGUGAGGGUGCUCAGUGAGGGCCAGGUUUUGGCCAGUGGUGGUGCUCAGCCUUCCGGGAGUCAUCUGAGCGUUGGCGAGCAGCCGACCCCCAGUGUGCUCAGUCUGGGCCAGCACAGCGUCGGAGAGGAUGUCAGCGUGGAGCGGCGCCGCGCCGAGGAGGGCGAGGUGCCGGGGACCGCGGACGCGGCCGGCGCUCCGGCGCCGCCCCCGUGCUGUCAGUGCGCCGUGUGCGUAACCCGCACAGGCGGCGAGGACAGUCCGGUGGCGGGGCCGAGCGGCGCGGCGGCCGCCGACCCGCAGCUGGAGCGGCUCUGCCGGCACACGGUCGAGAUGAUGAAACUGGACGGCGCCACUGAGGAGCAGAAGCAGCAGCUGGUGAAGCAGCUGCAGGUGAUGGUGCCGUCCGGCGCGCAGUCGCCGCCGCCGCCGCAGGAGCCGUUCCCGUUCGAGGGGCUGCCGCCGGAGCUGCAGCUGCUGGUCUUCUCCCACCUGACGGCGCGGGAACUGUGCACCAGCGUGCUGCCCGUCUGCCGGCACUGGUACCAGCUGGGGCGCGACCCCGUCCUGUGGCAGCACCUCUCCUUUGACGCCGACAACCUCGUGCCGACCAGCACCGUCGUCAACAUCCUCUCCUUCAGCACGCUGCUGAAAUCGCUGCGGCUGGAGGCCCGCCGCCAGGUGGAUAAGAUCCUGUUCCAAGUGGCCGACACCUGCAAACAGCUGCGCUCUCUGACGGCCAGAUUCUGCGAUGGUCUCAACUCACUACUGCUCGAGGUGCUUGUCAAACACUGCCCGCUUCUCGAGCGUGUCAACUUCGAGGGCUCUCGGUUUGACGACGCCGACUGCACGGCGGCGCUGACUGGUCUGGAGCACCUGCGCGCGCUGAACGUGUCGCACUGUCUGCGCCUGGAGGACGCGGAGCUGGUCCAGAUGGCGCGCCGCUGCCGCCACCUGGAGGAACUCAACGUGGACGGCAUCGGCUACCUCACCGACGCCGCCAUCCAGGAGCUGGUGGACCAGGCCGGCGACCGGCUCCUCUCCCUGGUGCUCGACGGAGAGAAUCUCACCGACGCCGGGUUCCGCGCGCUGGGCCGCUGCCGGAACCUGCAGGAGCUGUGCAUCUCGUUCGCCGACGGCAUGACGGACGCCAGCCUGCCGGCACUCGGCUCGCUGCACGACCUGAUGCGGCUCAAGAUCCGGCGCGGGAACCAGCUGAGCGCCGCGGCGCUGGGCCGCCUGUUCGACGGGCAGAACAUGCCGCACCUGCUGCACCUGGACCUGAGCGAGUGCUCGAACCUGGACGACAGCACGGUGGAGGCUCUGACGGCCAACUGUCCGCUGCUCACCUUCCUGGCGCUCAGCUGGUGCUGGGACGUCACCGACGCCGGCCUGGAGCGGAUCGUGACGCGGCUGCGCUUCAUGCGCGUCAUGGACCUGAUCGGACUGGUACGCAUCACGGGCCAGUGCUUCCGGCUGAUCCCCGAGCGUCUGCCCGAGCUGCGCUACCUGAACCUGGAGCAGUGCUCGGACGUGCAGGACGUGGUGGUGGAGCGCGUGGUGCGCCAGCGGCCGCAGCUGCAGGCGCUCGACUACUACGGUGACCGCGUCGUGCCGCGGCCCGUCGAGAUGGAGUCGUGGGCCGACGAGGUGGGCGAGCACGCGCGCGACAUCCACCUGCCCAUCACCAUCAACUUCCUGCUGCUGCGCGAGGACGGCGCCGCGUGACGGGCCGUCACGAGCCGGCCCGCCGACGCGACCGCUCGCCGCCACGGCCGACAAUGGUAAAUUAGCGCCGCGCACGGCAGGCCACCGGCCGGGCACGACCGGCCGCUCGGUGUGCUUAUUGACGGUACGCUUGUAUAGAGCUUUCAAUAACGUCAUUUGCGGACAAUUUUUAACAAAGCUGUGCUGCAACGAGUACAAUGUGCUUCGUAAAUGCAAUUACUGGGGAAUCUCAUCGCGUUUGGCUGUCCCUGAUUUGUUUUAACAGUGUCUGUGAUAUCAAGAUAAAGUUGAGUUUUUGCUGCAAGGAUCAGCGUUCGAUUAUCCACUGUUUGCUCGUACUAAUUGCAGUAUAUUACAAGUUCGUCAUCUGUUGAACGAAAUCUAUGCAUUUGAUCAUCUUUUUUGUGCAUUCAUUUUGUGUCCAUUCAAAAGUUUAUUGUGUCCUAAUUACAUUUUUCUUACGAAGCUGCUUUCUAACUUGGUUUUUGGAAUACAACUCCUUUUUGAACAA